UUUUUUUUGUUAGAUUUCCGUUUACUGAUCGUUAUCUUAUUUUCACUUUUUUUUUCAGAUAAAUUUGAUUCAAUGGAAGAAUUUAAUGGAGAAAGUAGUGUAGGGCAUAGAAGAAGUGAACGUCGAUUACGUGCAAUGAUGGAAAGGUCUAUUGGGGAACAUCAAACUCAAAAUAUUCACCAAUCUGCUUUUCCUUCUGUUGCUGCCUAUUCAACUUCAAUGGACGAAUUAGGCAGUCAACAUAGUCGGACGGGCUCUAUUUGUCCAUCAAUUACGCCUGUUUUGUCUCCUUCACGUUUACGUAAUGCUUCACAGGAGAGUCAAGGCGAGAAGGAUCCUGCUUUGGUUAUUCAACAAUAUGUUGAGACUUUAUCCACCGAUGAUUCAACAGUUUUUGGUGCAACACUUCAACGUUUUGUUGAAUGCACACUUUUAAGUCGAGAACAGGAUCCUUAUGUAGUUGUUAGACGAGUACGGCAAUUUCUUAAUGGAAUCAAGAAUUAUUUGGUUAAAAAUGGGGAGGCUGAUUUACAUUUAAUUAUUGAAAGAGAAAGUGACCGACUACAUGCCGAUGAGUUUCUCAAUAUUGAUGCAAUUUUGGAAUCUGUUUUAAAUAAAAUAUUGCUAGGCAAAAUAAAAGCUCAACUUUACCGUUUGAUGAUUAUGGAGAACACUCGUAACGGCGAAUUAGGAAAGCUUACAGAAAAUUUGUCUUUAGUUCGUGCAAUGAAUGCUGAAGAAUUGGGAUUUUCUGAAGACACAGUUUUGCCUGAUAACAUCAGAAUGGAAUCAAUAAAUAAACAAUUACGAAAAAUGCAAAAUCAUUAUUCACCAUUAAAAAAACUUCAAUUGCUUCUUCGAGCACUAGCUUUGGCAGUUCCUCAUUUGCCUUUACUUUCUUCUAGCGAAUUACAAAGACAACAACAACAACAAAGUUUUGUGGCAACACAACCUAGUAAUAGCUCUGUUUUUCUUUCUCCUAUUGCUCAAACAUCAAAUAGUAUUGGGGCUGGAUGUGGACGUUUAAGGACAAAUUCUGGAAGUAGUAGUUCUGGGGCUAUGGCUGCAGCGCUUAAACAUCCGCCUGCUGAUGAACUCAUUCGUUGGCUUGUUUAUUUAUUAGCGCGUAGUUCAACUAUUAAUUGCGAAAUUGAAGCAUGGUAUAUGUGGGAAUUAUUACCUCAACAAGUUUUAUCAACUGGUGAUGCUUCUUAUUUUCUUUCAAUUCUUUUUUCCGCUGUUCAUGUUAUUAAACAUCCAGAAAUUGUCAAGCGUUUAAAAAAUAUUUCUUUAAUGCCUGGUCGUCAUCCUUUGCCAAAUAUUGCUGACUUUCUUGGUUCCCAAUCGACACUUCAGGACGUUGAUGAUUUUGUUAGUAAUAAUUCUGAUCUUUUGCUUCGUGUGGCAAUUCCAAAUGAACAGGAAGGCUCAAUAGAAUAUCAUACAUUUCCUGUUUUGCCUAAAAUGAAUGCUUCUAAAUUAUGUCGAGUUAUUGCUCAUCAAUUUUCUGUUAGCAAUCCGGAAGAUUAUGGAUUAUAUGUUCUCUUUGACGGUUAUGAAACAGUCCUCAGCCCAGAUGAAUUCCCUCAUUUGGUACGGGAUAAUAUGAUUCAAUCUGGUAAAGGCCAUCUUUUUGCUUAUAAACGAUCUGAGACACGAAUUGCUUGGCCAAAACAGGCUUUUUCUAAUUUUGGGACUUCAACUACCAUCCAUACAGAAAAAAAGAUUUUGGUAGAACCACCAAAAAAUGUCGGCAACAUUCAUCAUCAUCAACAGCCUCAACAUCAACCACAAUCCUCUUCCUCAUCUUCAAAAUUAACCUCCUCAAGUAGUGGAAAAGGUGGAAGAAUUAAGGCUGUGGCAAGUAGUAGCAACAAUAGAUUAGCGAAUAAGAAUAAUAAUAAUAUGUUAUUUAAUAUUGGAAUGCAUGCUUGA